CAGAAGAAUCCUGGCCACCAUGCGUGUGAAAAGCUGCCUGUUGCUAACAGCUGUAGCGCUGGGGCUCUGGGUGAUGGCAGCAGCAGAUCCACUUCACGCUGAGUGCAAGGUCAUCUGGCUGUUCGGAAUCCCGUGUCGGGAGGUCUUUGUGGCUCUGGUGAAUCAGAUCAAGGCCUGGAGGACCGAGUCCGGCUGCACUGCUGGAGGGGAGAAGUGCCUGUAUGAGCUGGUGUCUGCCAGGCCGCUGCUCAUCACAGCCAAGCAUACGUCCAGGCGCCGGGACAACGUGGAGGACCUGAGCUUCGCACUGAGGCCCACAGAGCAGGACCUGGCCUGCAGAGUUACAGGCGUUUCCACCUCUGAGUCGUGGUUCAUGCUGGCAGACAACGGCACCAACUACUGCACUCUGUACAACUUAAUAGAAGGCAGUGGACUGGUUGAUGCUGAAGGUUAUAAGCAGUACACCAAUGAGUGGAUCUGUCUGGACUACUUCACCGCCAACUGCACCAUCUAUUGAUUGUGUCCAGUCACCCAAAUGUUGAACAUCAUCAAACUGUGCACAUGCAAACAGGGGAAAGUGGGGGGGGGGAAACCGCACACAGGUUAACAUGUAACUCAGGUUUUUAUUUAGUCAGACAGGUUUAAGUAGAACAGCGGUCAACAAGUAAGUUUCACCUCCAACCCAAAUCUUGCACGUCUCAUUCAGCUGAUCUAGUUCUUCUACAGGCAGUAAUUAGACGGAUCAAGCGAGGUGGAUUAGGGUUGGAGCUGAAGUCUGCAGGAAGGUAGAUGUCCAGGUGCAGGGCUGGUGACCCCUGAAGAUGAACAUGCUUUUCAACACCUCUUCAUGUUGUAAUAGUGUCCUCAUGAGUGAAUUUCACCAGCAGUCAGACACAUUUCUCCACAUUCCCUUUAAAGACCUGUAUUGUUUUAAUCGGCCUCUUGGUGGCUGUAAUGUAGCACCGUUUUGAAGCAUGUAAAGAACUCUAACCAGGCUAAAGUGCAGCCUCCACAGGGGGGUGGGAGGUUUAACUCUGUUACAGCUAAACCUCUCAAAGUAAAUCAUACAGGAAGUCCAGAUCCCCCAUAAAACAUCAACACAUUUCUUUUUUUGGAAGCUUUUUAUUGACAGAUUUGUGAAAGAUGCAUUACAGAUAACUGAAAUAAAAUGCAUGUCACUUCUAUCAUGUUGAUAUUUGCUGUUCUACUUUGUGGUCAGGAUAAAUUCAGCAAGUUUAACAAAACCUCCUUUCACUAAAAUUAAUAAUUGCUACAGUUCUUUACUAAAAUUACUGACAUUUUUCAGCUGCCGUUUCUAUGGUGUCAAAGUUUUGAAAAUAAAAUUACUUGAAAAGUUAACUUACAUCGAAAGUUAAGAAGGUUUGUUCAUUCUUGUUUAAAAUGACUUUUAAGUAAGAAGUCACAUUGGCACUCCGUUAUUGGCUGAAUUGUUUAUAAACGAUGCUGUGACGCAGAAAAACAAUACAAAAUACAUAAAAAAUGUAAAAUAUUUUUCACAUUAAAACUACACAACAGACAGGACUGCCCAAAAAGAUGGGCCGGAUAUCUAAGAGAAGCUCCUUUGCAUCUCAUGAAACGGGCGAACGGUGACACUACAGGAUGUUUUACACUUUGGAAAAGCAA